GCAAAAUUUACUCUGGAGAUUAAGUUAGCCGCAUUUCGAUUGUGUCAAGAGCUAUGGAAUUAUGUUGAAAUAUUCUACUCAUAUUUUAGUGAUCGCCGUCGCUAUUGUUUGGGCCCAAACACUAUACACUAAAGUUCAAGAAAAGAAUUUAUUACAAGAUGCGGCAGUUAAUUUCGCAGUUCACUCAUGGAAAGAAAGGGCUGAUAUACCUGAAUCCUAUAAUGCUAAGGCAAUAGAACAAAUCAAAGCGCUAAAAAAUCAAGAAUGGAAGGGUUUAGGUAAUUUUUUCUUCCAAUUGUUGGAUAUUUCCGAAGAUAGAGAAAAGGUUGCAGGACAGUUUACCACAGUCAAUCCUGAAACCAAUAAUAACAAUGAUGAGUCUAUGGUAGACAUAAUAAAAGAACUGUUUAUUGAGAUACUUCUAACUGGAACAACAUCUUCUGAAGCGUCUGUCUUGGAAAAAGAAUUUAAGGAUGCGAUCCAAAUGAAAUUCAAGUCAAUUGAUGACUUCGGUCAAUAUUGUAUUAGAGUUUUCGAAGAAUUUACCGGAAGAACAUCACCGAAUGAAAGAUAACGCGUUAAUGUUCCCAGCUGUUGAAACCAUUUAUCUAAAAAUUUUACAAAAUUAACUCCUAAAAUGUGAUAUUGAUAAUUGAGAAAAUAAGAAAAUAGAAAAAAAUUGUCUGUAUUUUGUAUUGUUUGUCUUUUCAC